AUGGGGGACCUCUUUAUCAGACAGUUUCAGUCUUUCAUGACCUAUGCCCCUCCUGUGGCCACACUGGCCAACAUCAAGCAAAGAAAUGGAGAAACCCUCCAUGAUUACUUCAAGAGGUUUAAUGCUGAGGUCCCUUAUAUGAGAGGAGCCACUGAUGAGGCCGUAAAGAAUAUCCUGAUCGCUGGAUUGAAGAGAGGCUCAGACUUCUGGAAAGAUAUUGAAGGUCACGAGCCCACCACUCUACAGGACUUCUAUUGGCAGGCUGAGCCAUUCAAGAUAGUGGAAAAAUCCAUGGCAGAAAUGGACAAUGGGAGCCCUCCUCCUCGCGACAAUUACAAGUACAGAAAUCGGAAGAGGGGAGGAUCAGUGACCCUUGAAAGGAAGAGGAGAAGCCCCAGUCCUAAGAAAGAGCAUUGCCACAAGUUAAAACAACAAAUUGAGGAACUCAUCAAGAAUGGGAAGCUCACUGAGUGGGUGAAAACCUUGAAGAAAAGUUACAAUUACGGGCCACCGCCUCCACAGGAUAACGACGCUGAGACCACCAACACCGAGAAGGUGCCGCGAGAUGGGAGUAUCCACGUGAUCAUUGGCGGUCCUCAUAUCGGAUGGGGGUGUAGGAAAGCCAUGAACAGUGAGGAGGACGCUACGCGGGUCCACCACCCCCAUUCCGAUGCUCUGGUGGUGAAGGUCAGAAUUGGCUCCAACAACGUGCACCGGGUAAUUGUUGAUAACGGGAACGCAGCUAAUAUCCUCUCUUAUGAUGCCUACAUCAAGAUGGGAUUCCUAGAUAAGGACAUGAAUGUAACUCUCUGCGCUCUGUAUGGUUUCUGCGGGACCCCAAUCGAUGUAAGGGGAUCCAUCAAGCUCCCUGUCACCCUCGGGGAAGGCCCCCUCUCCACCACCCAGGUGGCUGAAUGGCUGGUCGUGAACCAAUAUUCAGCCCUUAAUGUUGUCAUCGGCCGUCCCAUCUUGAAAGAAAUGAGGAUAGUGACUUCCAUCUACCACAUGUCCAUGAAAUUUCCCACCCCAAAGGGGGUAGGAUGUGUCAAGGGGUGCCAGUAUAAUUCCCGGGAUUGCUACAACAAAGCAAUCCACUUGGGUGAGAGGAGGAACCGACCUGACUCCCUUAGGCAUGGAAGUUGA